CGGACAGGGCCAGCCUACUGUCCGCCCGCCGCCCGCCGUGGCGUGAAGGAGUUUCCGUGUGCCCACAGUCGCCACUGCCCCACCUGGGCCUCUGGAGCUUCCCCUCGGACCCCCGGUGCCCACUGUCCACCCUCAUCCAGCGUGAGAGCUCGCCUUCCGCUCCGCGGACGCCGCGGGUAUGGACUAUUCGUACGAUGAGGACCUGGACGAGCUGUGCCCCGUGUGUGGGGACAAGGUGUCGGGUUACCACUACGGGCUGCUCACAUGCGAGAGCUGCAAGGGCUUCUUCAAGCGCACGGUGCAGAACAACAAGCACUACACGUGCACCGAGAGCCAGAGCUGCAAGAUCGACAAGACGCAGCGCAAGCGCUGUCCCUUCUGCCGCUUCCAGAAGUGCCUGACGGUGGGGAUGCGCCUGGAAGCUGUGCGCGCUGACCGCAUGCGGGGCGGCCGGAACAAGUUUGGGCCCAUGUACAAGCGGGACCGGGCUCUGAAGCAGCAGAAGAAGGCACAGAUUCGAGCCAAUGGCUUCAAGCUGGAGACAGGCCCCCCAGUGGGGGUGCCUCCACCGCCCCCUCCCCCACCGGACUACAUGCUGCCUCCUGGCCUGCAUGCACCUGAGCCCAAGAGCCUGGCCUCUGGUCCACCUGCUGGGCCACUGGGCGACUUUGGGGCCCCAGGGCUGCCUAUGGCUGUGCCCAGCGCCCACGGGCCACUGGCUGGCUACCUCUAUCCCGCCUUCCCUGGCCGUGCCAUCAAGUCUGAGUACCCGGAGCCCUACGCCAGCCCCCCACAGCCUGGGCCACCCUAUGGCUACCCAGAGCCCUUCUCUGGAGGGCCCGGCGUGCCCGAGCUCAUCCUGCAGCUGCUGCAGCUGGAGCCAGAUGAGGACCAGGUACGGGCACGCAUCGUGGGCUGCCUGCAGGAACCGGCCAAGGGCCGCCCAGACCAGCCUGCGCCUUUCAGCCUCCUGUGCAGGAUGGCUGACCAGACCUUCAUCUCCAUCGUGGACUGGGCACGCAGGUGCAUGGUCUUCAAGGAGCUGGAGGUGGCCGACCAGAUGACCCUGCUGCAGAGCUGCUGGAGCGAGCUGCUGGUGUUCGACCACAUCUACCGCCAGAUCCAGCAUGGCAAGGAGGGCAGCAUUCUGCUGGUCACCGGGCAGGAGGUGGAGCUGACCACGGUGGCGGCCCAGGCGGGCUCCCUGCUGCACAGCCUGGUGCUUCGGGCGCAGGAGCUGGUGCUGCAGCUACACGCACUGCAGCUGGACCGCCAGGAGUUCGUCUGCCUCAAGUUCCUCAUCCUCUUCAGCCUCGAUGUGAAGUUCCUGAAUAACCACAGCCUGGUGAAGGACGCUCAGGAGAAGGCCAACGCCGCCCUGCUCGAUUACACCCUGUGCCACUACCCGCACUGCGGGGACAAGUUCCAGCAGCUGCUGCUGUGCCUGGUGGAAGUGCGGGCGCUGAGCAUGCAGGCCAAGGAAUACCUGUACCACAAGCACCUGGGCAACGAGAUGCCCCGAAACAACCUGCUCAUCGAGAUGCUGCAGGCCAAGCAGACUUGAGCUUGGGCCGGGGAGGGGCGUGGGGGACCAGGCUGGGGCCAGGGGAGGGGCCGCAGCAUCCCCACGGCCCUCCAGAUGGUUUAUUUUAUUAUGCUGACCCAGGAACCCCACCACAUAGGCCCCUGCCCCUGAGCUUUCCGAAGCCCUGUGUUUGGGAAGGUGGGUGAAGGUGGGCAGGGCCUCGCUGAGGUGGGGUGGCCCCCACUAACCCCUGGCCCUUGCCUGCCAUUCUGAGUGCCCCAAGGAGGCGCUGCUAACCCCUCUCUUCCUCCCCCUGCUCCCAGCUGUCUGUCCUGGGGUCUGGACCACAGGCCCAGGGAGGAGGUUCGGUUUCCCUGGUGGGCCUCAAUGUCCCUUGAAUCACAGGCCAUCCCUUCCCCCUUUCCUGGAAAUAGAGGCUGAGAAAGGUUGAGUGGACAUCAGUACUGGGGGACAGGGGAGGGUCUCCAUAACCCCCUCACAGAGACCAGAAGGGAAGCCUUCUGUUUUGUAAACGAGGGGUAACAGUUUGCAAAAUUAGACAGGGACGCUUGGGCCCUAGAGGACACUAGGAGACAGGUUAGGACAAAAGACUUCCUCCCUAAACCUUCUACCCCAACUGACUUCUGCAGGGGAGAACUUUGACACGUUAUCUGAAAAGAAUUUUGCUACAAUCAUCUUUCUAACCCUCUCCCACCAGAGGAGACGUUUGGCACCAUCAAC